CAUAGAAUAGACCGAUAAGCUGCUGCUUAUCACCGUUAUACAGUACUGUAGCAUCAUGCUAAGCUAAUUCAGGCUAUAUUACAUUAUAAUUCUGGCUACAUUAUACCAAAUAUGGGGUUGUAUUAGGUACAACGGCUGAGGCUGCUACAGGCUGGUGUUGUUAGGCUCUCUGAAGAAAGGAGGAUGAUAUCGACAUCCUAAACUUGAGAAUACCAGUGCUGGGCUAAAUAGUGAGAUAAAGGAAUGAGAGGCACGCAUGCAUAGCACUGCUGCUUCCCAGCACUUUAUUCCUGCAUCCAAAUGAACAACAAGGCUCUGACCAGACAUGGGGAAUGUCAGGACCAGCCCAGUCUCUAUGCCAGCGAAUGGAGAUGACACCAACACCAGCUCUGACCCCUCUCUGAGAAACAACGAUACCCUGGGAGUCCUGUCUGACUACCCCUCAGCAGACGUCAGUGAUACCCUGGUAGUCCUGUCGGACUACCCCUCAGCAGACGUCAGUGUGCCUCUCUUCAGGAUAGGAGAGAGACUGAGACUCCUGGCAGAGGAGGGUUACUGGUGGAGGGUUUGUUCUGUCCAAACAGGAUAUGAGAACUACAUCCCCAACAACCAUGUGGCCAAGGUCUAUCACGGCUGGUUGUUUGAAGGGGUGCCCCGACCCAAAGCAGAGGAACUGCUUAGUCUGCCCGGAAACAGAGCUGGCUCCUUCAUGAUAAGAGAAAGUCAAAAAGGUGUGUAUACCCUGUCUGUACGUCACAGGGCUAUGGUACACUAUCGCAUUAUCCGCCUUCCCAACAACUGGUACUACAUCUCUCCUGGUCUGACCUUCCAGUGUCUGGAGGACCUUGUCAACCACUACUCUGAUUGUGCAGACGGCCUGUGCUGUCUCCUCACCACCCCCUGUCAGGCUGUAACCAAUGGCAACCUCAACCUGGCCUCCCAGGCGCCCCCUGUGGUGAUGCACAACAAUUUCGACUGGAAAGACGUCAACAGUUCGGAGCUGACAGACCAGCCUCAUCGUUACCCUGGCAACAGAGACUCUAUGCUCAGCUUUGGCUUGCGGAACACAGUCUCCUCCUACAUGUCUCUGGGGGACAUGAGGAAGGAGAGGAAGAGGAGCAGCUGGACGAGGAGGAAGACGAGGAACAGUGUGUGUGUGCCUCCCAGUCACGGACUCAGCACUACAGCACUGGAAGAGGAGGGGGAGUAUGCACAAGCCAUCCACCUGAACUCUUAAGACUGGAUAUGGGCUUAAUGUAUGGAGACGGCAUAUCCUGCUGUAUAGAGAGGACAUAUCCUGCUGUAUAGAGAGGACAUAUCCUGCUGUAUAGAGAGGACAUAUCCUGCUGUAUAGAGAGGACAUAUCCUGCUGUAUAGAGAGGACAUAUCCUGCUGUAUAGAGAGGACAUAUCCUGCUGUAUAGAGAGGACAUAUCCUGCUGUAUAGAGAGGACAUAUCCUGCUGUAUAGAGAGGACAUAUCCUGCUGUAUAGAGAGGACAUAUCCUACUGGACUAUGCUGUGAACGUGGAAGUAAAACUGUGAUGGCUGUCACACUGCAUGAUCAGUGACAUUUGUACCAUUAAGGGUGUUACUGUUUGACACCCUAAACUAGUCAUAAACAGAUGGAAUGGUUAAGACCGUUACUGUAAUAGCAUUACUUACACAUAACGGCUUAGUAACACAUCCAAAAUAGCCCUAUUUCCCAUAUAGUGCACAACUUUUGAUAGGGCUCUGGUCAAAAGCAGUGCACUAUAUAGGGAAUAGGGUGCCAUUUGGGACUCUUAGUAAAGGUCAGUGAGGAUCAGGCUCACAGGUC